CUUGUUGAAGAAAUGAAGUAAAAGAGGAAACUAAGGGGCAGAAUGAGCCAAAAACUUUGGCUUGGUUUUUCUUAGCCAAUUUAAUCUCAAAGAUCUUAAUAUAGAGAGAUUCCUGCAGAGGCCAGGGAAUCAACAAUGGAAGAACACAAGGAAAAUCAGCUAGAUUAUGAGUCAAAGAAAGUGGAAAUCUUAAGACUGGCCCAGUCAAAGAGGAACAUCAACAGUUUGAACAUGGACCUUGAAAAGGAUAUGCAGAGAAUAGACGAAGCAAAUCAGGAACUUCUCCUCAAAAUCCACGAGAAAGAAGAUGAGAUUCAGAGGCUGGAAAGUGAGAUCACUCAGACCAGAGAUUCGGCAGAAGAUGAGGAGUGGGAGAAGGAAAACUGCACCGCACUGGAAAGGGAAAGAGCCUUGCAGGAGCUGGAAGAAGAAACAGAUAGACUUGAAAGGAAGAAUGAGACUCUGGUCCACAGUAUAGAAGAACUUCAAAGAAAGCUUACAAGAAAAUCACCUAAAGCAACCAGGUCUGAAAAAGGCAAUCUAGAGGGAACCCCAGAAGAGUCACAGGCUAAGUUACAGCAGCUGGAAGCUUCCUGUGCUGACCAAGAGAAGAAGCUGACCAAGGUAAUGGAAGACUUUGCAUUUGUGGUGCAGCUCUGUGAAGACCAGGCCCUCUGCAUAAAGAAGUACCAGGAAACUUUGAGGAAAAUAGAAGAAGAAUUAGAGACUCGUUUCCUUGAGAGAGAAGUAUCAAAAGUCUUGAGCAUGAGCUCGUCAAGAAAAGGGUAUAACAGCCAAAAUAAUAAGGUUAAUUCUCUCCAAAAUAAGGGAAUAUGGUUCUGUAAAAGGAUUUUUCGAUACUCCUUUUUCACCGCCCUGUUUUUCAUCAGACUUCUGGGCUACUUGUUUUUCCAUAUAAGUUUUAUAAAUCCAGAUGUACUUAUCAACCUACUGCCCAAGGUACUGGGCAGGGGCAUCUUGUGGAAGCUAAGAAGCUUCCUGUUUCCAUCUCUCACGCUUGAGACAGAGGACAUGCUACCCCACUGAUCCCCAAGAAAUAUCCUUGAGCGAAAGAAUCAAGUGGUGUCAGUCUAGGAGACAGCAGAACUUGAGGAGGGAAAAGGUUUUCUUCCGUUUUCCCCGUGAGGUUUGCCUACUUGAUUACCUUUCCUCCCCAUACUGUCUUUCCAAGAUUGACCUUGCCCAGUAAAGAGCUCUGUCAAUAGA